AUGGCCACCUCCGACACAAUCACCAACUGGGUAGACCCCAACGACAAAACGGGCGAAUUCAAGCGCCAAGUCUCCUCCUUCCGCUCCUUCAUCUCGCGCUCUGACCCUUCCUCUCCCUUCCCCCCCGAAAAGGGCCGCUACCACCUCUACGUCAGCUACGCCUGUCCGUGGGCCACGCGCGCCCUGAUCGUGCGCAAGCUCAAGGGGCUAGAGGACAUCAUUUCUUUUAGUUCUGUGCACUGGCACAUGGGCCCAUUGGGGUGGCGGUUCCCCCUCGCUGAAGAAGGAAAGGAGGGUGGGGAUGCGGCUGGGGACCAAGUGGUGCCUGACCCGGUCGGUGGGAAGCAGUACAUGCGGGAGGUGUAUUUCGGGGUGGAACCGGAAUACAACGCGCGGUUCACGGUGCCGGUGCUGUUCGACAAAGAGGGGGGGCGCAUUGUGAAUAAUGAGAGCAGUGAGAUUGUGAGGAUGUUGGGGAGCGAGUUCAAUGAGAUCGUGGAGGAUGCCAAGGCCAAGGAGUUGGAUUUGUAUCCCGAGGAUUUGAGGGCCGAGAUUGAUGAGGUGAAUGAGUGGGUUUACCAUGACAUCAACAACGGGGUGUACAAGAGCGGGUUCGCGACGACGCAGGAGGCGUAUGAGCGGAAUGUCACAAAGCUAUUUGAGGGGUUGGAUAAGGUCGAGAAGCAUCUGAAGGAGGUGCAGGAGAAGGGCAAGGGGGAGUAUUGGUUUGGGGAGAGGUUGACCGAGGUGGAUGUGAGAUUGUUCCCGACGAUUAUCCGCUUCGACCCCGUCUACGUUCAGCAUUUCAAGUGCAACUUGCGCGACAUCCGGUCUGGAUAUCCAGCCAUCCACAGGUGGAUGCGCCAUCUCUACUGGAACGUCCCUGCCUUCCGUGAGACGACCAACUUCUUGCACAUCAAGAAGCACUACACUUGCUCGCACCCUCAGAUCAACCCCAAGGGUAUCACGCCGUUGGGCCCGGUGCCGGAUAUCCUGCCACUCGACGAGGAAGUUGAGGCUGUCAAGGCUGCGAAGAACUGA